AUCCAAGAAACGUUAAAGUAGCGACUAUGUGUCAUAAUGACUGUCUGUGACGUAAUAAAAGUAUGGUUCAAGAGCUAGAAGAAUUUACGUCACAGUAUCAAAUAAUAAGACAACGAGUUUUUAUAUCUGCGAUUUUUAUGGAACUUUACAGUUUUUAUGUUGUGUAGUUAGGUCAGCGUAGAUAUUUCUUUGUUUGUUGCUUUAAAUUGCAUUUUACACGUCAACCACUCGUAAAAAUCUUAAGACAAAAACUUUAACGGCAAUCGCAACUUAGUUUACAAGAAAAACGAAUAACGUUUAUAUACAUGAUGUUAGGCAAAGUUUUGAUCCUUUUUCUAACGUGUACUUUAUACACGAAUGCUCUCAUCUGCAACGACGGGUAUAAAGUGUCCAGUAACAAAGCAUGGGUGCUUAAAUAUGUACCGGGCACGCACGCAAAUAGGAAUGUGACUUGCCCGUCGAGUCUAGGAACCCCUGCUUGCAUGAGAGUAGAGGCAACCGGAGCUAAAACUUACUUUUGGCGAUACAAAGCAAGAGGUGCAGGUUCACUGUUCGAAUGUAUUUCCAAACAAGAAUGCGACGGAAUAAACACAAGGUGUGAAUCGAAACUUCGACAAAUUAUCGACGAUGAAAGAUUUGAUAGCGUUAAGAUAAAAACAUGUCGCAUGCAAUGCUGCUACACCGACAACUGUAACAACCUACCGUUAUAAACAACACGAGAUACAAGACAACAAUCACUGAUACAUGCUUAUAUGUUAUAAACAAUUGUUGACCUUUUUGCAUGGUUUGGCUACGUGUAAUAUUGAAACAGUAUUCAAUGCAUGUACGUCGAAAACCUGCUAUAUCCUCACAUAUUGUAUUAACAUUUGUAUACUGCUACUGCAGGCUGCGAAAAACAAUGGCUAUAAUGUACUUUGGUAAUAAUCUGAAAGCUUAUAUAGUAGAAGCCACUUUAAAUAAAGCGCAUGGUUUCUUUCCAUGACGUUUUAAACUGUUUUUAAUCGCAAUAUUAAACUUUUUGCACUAAUCGGUACUACUAAAUGCGGCUAAACUACGGCACUAACAGAUUCUACGGCACUAACAGAUACUUUUUAUGUCGUUGUAUAAGUAUUUGUCUACGUUUUAUAUCGCAUUCUUUUACUACAGUACUUAUACUAACACUUUAUACACACGUGUCGCUAAUACAUCUAUAUCUACACAG